AUGGCGAUGGAGAUCAAAGUCGACUGUCAGGAAGCGUUCGCGGGCAUCCUUGUAUUCACGAGAACAUCGCCCGUGUACCACUUCGGGGCAGUUCGAGUGCGUUACCUUUUAUCUUUUCCCGUCUACUUUUAUCUUUUCCGUAAGUUCAAUGCCGCGCAGCGACCUAGACGGAACGAGGGCGACUGCGGCGCACUUGCGUCGAACGGUGGACGAGUUGUGACGACGAAAAUACGAAUAACCUUUGGGACAUUGAUGCGUUUAAGAUGUCGGCCGAUCAAUCGAAUCAAAGUCCGCACACUUCACGUUACGGUCAACCGUCAGGCAAUGAGGCCGAAA